AUGCAUUCUGAUAGCGAGCAGUACUCGGCUGGUGAGGACAUGUCCAACUCACCAUCCUCGUCUCCUUCUCCGCCUAUGGUCCUCUACCAGCCACCAAACGUGUGGUCAAUGAUCCGGGGUGCGGCCAUCAACCUGUUCCUCCCCUUCGUCAACGGCAUGAUGCUGGGAUUUGGCGAAUUGUUUGCGCACGAGGCUGCCUUCAGGCUGGGAUGGGGCGGCACAAAGGUACGGCCCAUGAUGGUGCUCUCAGAUCAGACGCAGUGCGCACCGCGACACCGCGCUCCUGCCAUCAGAGGGGUGAAACUGCUAGAACUGCCCAAGAAUACUAACGAGACUUUCCAGGUCUUUCCUCUCUCUCAAGACGAACUGCCCAUGCCAUCGGACCUGGCCUCGAAAUCCGCGAUAAAACGAUAA